UGCAUGAUGAUUUAUUGCAGACAUAGAUCUACUGCAAUGCAUCUACAGCUACAUGGAAUGGUGACAUACAUAGAUACAGACUAGACUGUGUACACUGUUUUAUGGAUUGUUCUCAUGAAUACUUACAACAAUUCCACACAAGGUAGCUAAUUGUACUAAUUAGGUAAUAGCUGUGACACUGUAAUUGCAUUAAUAGACCACAUACAACCUGUGAUGUGUGUUGGUUGAGCUAGCUGCUAAAUCUAGAUCAGAUCAAGUCAAUAGCUAACUGAGACAACAAGAGAUUCUGUGCUAUUAAGCAACAUGUUUCAACCAUGGAUCAUGCUGUUCAUUCAACUAGUGUGUCUGUCUCAGCUGAGAGGAGUGUGUGGACAGAAUGGUCCGCAGUUUGUCCUUGAGAUGACGCUGCACUCCUACCUGGACAGUAACAGUACUGACACGACAGGACUGUGCUGUAGACCAAGCAACAACUGCAACCAAGGCUGCCGCAAUAUGUUUAAUGUCUGUGCACAAGAAGAUGAGUCUUCCAAUCCAUGCAACUAUGGGGAGAGAUCUUUCAAUCAUGAUUCUCUAAGUGGUGUAACAGUUAAUUUUGGCCAAUUCUUGGAAACUGAUGUUUUAUUAAAUCCAGUCAGUUUCUCUCCUGACAUUGGACAAUGGCCGGGGGUGUUCCGAGUGGUUGUCUCAGUAACAAAUACCCAACGGACACAAGCUUUAAUAGAUCGCUUCACCAUUUCUAGAAAUACAUUUAAUAGUGAUGAAAUGGUAACAGAAACUAUCAUUGGAGAGUUUGGGAAUACAUUAGGAGUCAGUAUUCUGUUGAGAUGCACUGAUAGUUUCACUGGAGCUAAUUGUGAUCAGGCUGUUGUGGCCACAACAGUCCCAGCUAAUACCAAUGUCCCAUCAACAACAGCAGAAGCAACAGUCCCAGCUACUACCAAUACACCACCAACAACAGCAGAAGCAACCGUACCAGCAACUACCAAUGUCCCAUCAACAACAGCAGAAGCAACUACUCCAAACAGUGAGACAACACCUGAUACUAUUCCUCCCUCUACAACAUUGCCAAUGGCUACAACUAGUCUCCCAGGACAGACCACAACCACAGUGAAGACUGCAGCAACAAGCACUUCAGCUAGUACAAUAGCUACUGCAACAAAUACUACAGCUAGUACUGAAGAUACAACUGCUCCAAGCAAUACGACACUGGGCGGUGGAAACCCCCAGGCUAGCGGUCUGUCCGAAGGGGGUGUUGCUGGAUUAGUGAUUGGACUCCUGAUUGGUUCUGUACUGGUUGUCAUAGCAAUUGUAUUGGUGAUUUGGUGGUACAAGAAAAAGAGCAGCGCAAGCUUCAAGAUCAGUGACCCAGCAGCAGCUAAACAGUCUCUGGAAAAUCCCAACUAUGUGAUGGUGACUAUGAACAACUCGGCAGUGUCUAGCUCCAAUGUCAGUCCUGCUCCUGUCUACAAUAGCACAUCACUCUACGAAACAGUCGACAUUGAGCGCACUCUAGACAAUGACAAUCCUCUCUACUUCUCCAUGGAAGCCAGCAAUGAUGACUAUGCCAUUCCACCUGAUGCUAUGCCAGCCAAACCAGCUCAGAUUGAUGAGGACGAUUAUGACCUCCCUCCUGAUGAGCAGGGGUAUCCCCCUCUACCAGUGAAACCACCACGCAUUGACGAGGCUGAUUAUGACCUCCCUCCUGGAGAGCAGGGGUAUCCCCUCCCACCCUCCCAGCCCCCUCCCCCACCACACAGCCUAUCAAGCAACCAGCUUAAUCCGUACGGCGAAUAUGGUGACGGAACUAUCAGGAGAGUGGCUAGUCAGCAGUCAGUGAACUGUGAGGUGUUUGAUAAUCCUGACUAUUGUGAACCAAGUGCACUGGACAUAUCCUCCUAGACUAGCUGUGUUAUUUGUUUGAUCUUCUAUUAUUAUGUUUAUGUUAUAAUGAUAAUUAUUGUACAGCCAAUUAUUUAUACGC